AUGGCGCCCACCACACGAGCCGGCAGCAAGCGCAUAAGCGGCGAGACUGUGAAUGCCGCUAAGCCUACUAAUAAAGCCAAAGGAUCUGUCAAGAGAGCCACAGAGCCUGUAGAGAGUGAGCGACCGGCGAAAGAAGCUGCGCAGUACUUCCGCUUCCUCGACCUUUCUCCAGAGCUACGAAACAGGGUCUACGAAUAUGCCAGGGAAGACGACUCCAGACGUUUCGCUCCACGGCCACUACGGUGCUGCCCACAUAUUCGCCGCAAGCCGCAUACGGAGCGCACGUGGACAUGUUUCGCUUUGAGUCAAGUCUGCGUGCAAGUUCGCGCCGAGUAUCGUCCUCUUUGGAUCCAAGAUCUUCGCGUUGGAUUUACAUCGACCGACCAGUUGACUGAUUUCGUCGAUACCUUUCUACAUCAUGCGAGCGAACCCAAGCACGCGCCGAAACUGGUGCAGAUCUUAUGGGACCACGACAGCAGGAUCAGAUGUGAUAUGACGUCCAUGCUGCUCCUGCAUGUGCACUCCCCCUCAUUCCAAGUUGAGUUCGUUCCUUACAACGUUGCGAUCGGAAUGACUGUAGACGACGAAGUCUGUUCCAACUGCAUGAUGCGAUAUGAGCUGGACGAACGCGGAGUGGAGCCGGAUAGCGACUACGACGAGUGCGAGUGCCCGGACUAUGGCAUGAGCCACAGAGAAUGGGAAGAGUUCAAGAUUGAUCAGAUGGAAUACACUUCCGACAUACCUAAGUUCGUCCACAACGCGAACGAAGCUUGGCUCGAGGUGGUACGACAGGCGAAAGUGACUGUCACCUGCACAUUUUGUCAGAUGAGCAACCAUGCCAUCUUCAGAAUUCUGUUCAAAGAUCCAGUCUGCGAAACUACUACAGACUCUCAACCGGCUUGGAAUCUGCUGACGCGAUGGGGCAUUCUCGACCUUCAUACAAAACGAGGAACACAUCUCAUUUUAGCGUAUGAAGAUGAACAGACCAUGGGCAUUUAUGGGUACAGCAUGAAAAAUACCGUUCUACGCGAAGUUCUCAUUCGCAAGGCACCUCCGAAGGCAUAG